AUGAGUGAUGAUGUCCUUAUCUUUGGUGGGAGUAUCCGAGAGCGAAGUGAUAGAACACCCGCUGGUCAGUUGUACAAUGAGCAUCAUGCGGGUGUCAAGUUUAGGGUAGGACUCCAGAUUCGCCAUUUGUUAAAUUUCAUUACUCACCGCAUUACCCAGUGCGGUCAGAGCACUUUCUUUGAUAUUGCCCUCAAGGCUAAUAACAACCAUGAACAUUUGAGAGACUGCCAAUUGACUGACACAGCAUUCGAUGAUACCAGCACUGACAAGAGCAAAGACAAGGACGGCUUCAACGGCGACGGCAGGGCUUACAUCUACAUCAACGACCAACAGCCCGGGGUGGCUUUUUGUCAGCUCGUAAUGUUAGAUGAACAGUCAGCAAUGCCAUCAAGUGAUACUCAUCGACACAAUCAAAACGUCUUGUACAACCUCACUAAAGGAGACUUGGUAGAGUUUCCGCGUGGAACCUACAGUCACUGGGGCAUCUAUGCAGGCAAUCAAAGAAUCAUCCAUCUUGUAGCAGACGAAGAAAAGAAAAUUAUAAUCAAUGGGGUUUCAAGACAACUAAAUAAUUGCAAAGGUCCAAUGGCAGUCAGCGGCGCGGCCCAUGCAAAGGCAGGUGGUUCCCGUCAAACGAAAGGAGAAAUACGUGACGAGGAUUUUUUUGCUGUUGCUGAGGACUCCAAGGCAAUGAAGAACAACCAGUUGGAUCACAAAUAUCGUGUGUACACACCAGAUGAAAUCGUCAGACGAGCCAUGUCCGAAAUAGGCAGGACAGACUACGACCUCUUCACUAACAACUGCGAGCAUUUUGCUACCUGGUGUCGGUAUGGAAUUGCAAUUAGUCUGCAGGCCAUGAAAGGGGCAGAAGUUGUGGAGACCGCAGAUACCGUGACUACUGGUUUUACUGUUUUUGCUGGUGUUGUUGGUUUUGUUGCUGCUGCUGCUGGGAUUGGUGUAACACUUUUAAAGCUUUUGUGAAUACACUUCUGCAAACUUCCGUGGUACAAUGCAAUUUACCUGUAAAAAAGCGACUCACAUUUGCAGACCGAAGCAAGAUUAUCUUGAAGCCAUGUUGCUCGCCCUAACCCUAACCCUAGUUCAACGACAGGGACACAGACUCCUCAGUGUGACAUAGGAGACAUCUUCAGCAUACAUGGACUAAAUUUAAUUUACGCAUUAAGUCUUCAAAUGUUCUACAUAAUUUUUUUUAUCCAGUUUAUCAUUACUUGAGGAAAAAAGUAUUUUAAGGCAUUAUUUCUCAUGUGUUAUACAAUAUACAAGUCUGUGGCGAUCUAGUACAAACCUAUGUUUUUGGAAUAUUUUAAUUUCGUUUGAAUGUUUUUUUCAGUUUUAAGAUUUAAAACUUUUAACUUGACAUAAUUUGUGAAAUAUUACCCAAAUAUUACAAAGGUUUUAUAUUUAAGCAAUCUAUAUUGUUUUCUAAAAUCCUGUAACAAAUUAAAAUAACAUUAAUAACAAUUUUUCAAGGAAUAAACGUUAAAUCGCUUUUUUUCCACAUUAUUUUAACAACCUUUUUGUGUUACUAGAGCAAAGAAAAAUGAAACAAAAUGAUUUUUGUCAGAACGUAAGGAAAACUGUAAAAUUUUGCUAUUGUUAAUCAGAUUGUGUCAGUUCUUUUAUCUUUUAUAAAUAUAUAACUUUCAUAUUAUUAAUAAUAUUGCAUGGCAAUAAAAUAAUGACUUUCCACCUCCAGAAGAGCAUGCACAGGUGCAGAAUUUUGAUGUUGUCCCUUAAAAAUAAUUUUGCUUCCAAUUGAAGGCUAUUUAAUACAUAUUAAAAAAUUGAAAAA